AUGAUAUCAAAAAAGGUUAAGAAGCUGAUUCUGCGUAGGAAUAACAUCGUUGGUUCCGCUAAAUUGCUGAAAGCGUUUGACGUGAAUUUUGUAUUUGAUCGCGAUUUCCCUCAACUGAAGUUCCGUCUUGAAAAACUAGAUGAGCUGUGGGAGAAAUUCAAUGAGGUUCAGGCGGAAAUUGAAUUAGACGAGGACUUAACCGACGAUUUAGCUGAAAUUCGAGCUUCGUUCGAGACUGAAUACUUCGAACUGAAAGGGUCUUUGGCGAGAAAACUCGAAAUUGUUACCGAGCGCACUGACCGACCUCCCACUUCGCCUGGUGUUCCACCUGCAUACGCUUCCUCUGUUCGUCUCCCUGAACUGAAAAUUCCUGAGUUCAGUGGAAACUUUGAUGAUUGGAUGAAUUUCCACGACCUUUUUACUACUCUCGUCCACACAAAUUCCCAUCUUUCAUCGGUACAGAAAUUUCAGUACCUGAAAGCUGUGCUGGAAGGAGAAGCUUUACGUCUCAUUCAAUCGCUUACUGUUUCAUCCACUAACUACACAAUCGCAUGGGAUCUGUUGAGAAAGAGAUUUGACAACAAGAAUCUGCUGAUCAAGCAACAUUUUUCGGCACUGUUAUCUACUUCCUCAGUACGUAAAGAAUCGUCAGUUGCUCUAUCCAACUUAGCUGACGAGUUCGAAAAGCACAUCAAUGUGCUCAACAAAUUGGAAGAUUCCAACAAUCAUUGGAAUUCUUUCCUUGUAGAGCUGCUAAGCAGUAAGCUCGACCCGACAACGCAGAAGGAAUGGGAACAACAGCUCGAUGAAACUGAACGACCAACGUACCAAACAUUAGUUGAGUUUGUUCAGAAACGCGCACGAAUUCUACAAUCACUAACGCUCUCCCAGAUUUCGAACCAAGUGAACAAAUCCGAAUCAAAGCACGAGUUAAAACCUGUCAGAAGUAAAACCUCCUCGUAUCACACUACAAAUAGUUUCCCGAAGUGUAUCAUGUGCAAGAAUUCACUCAUAUUAUCCCAAUGUGACGAUUUUAAGAAACUUUCGCCACAACAACGUUUCGAUGUGGCCAAGCGCCACGGCCUCUGCUUAAAUUGUUUGAAGGCGUCACAUUUGAUGAAAAAUUGUUCAGCUGGUUCGUGUCGACGACAUCACACACUGUUGCAUCUGAAUUCACAGUCUUCGGAUGCUGUCGCUCAAUCUGAAUCUGUGGCAGCACAGGUCGGCCAAUAUUCACAACUCUCACAAUCGGCCACGGUUGUCGAAGCGCCACCGUCGGUUACGUGCAUUGCCGAUCAAUGUCACGUGGUCCCUCGGGUUACGGGACUAGCCCCGUCGCCGUCUGAUGGGCUUGUUAAUCGCUCUUUUUCGUACGUACCUUCGUCGGGUACGCAGUCUACACCGUCAUGCUCAGCCCGCUCUUCCUCGCAAGUGACUAAUUGCCAAUCCGUCACUCCAAACCAAUCGUUCGUUUCGAAAGGCAGCACAUCUGCUGUCUUUAUGCUCACAGCGUAUAUCAAAGUUAGACACGCUGAUGGCACUUAUCUCUUCGCCAGAGCACUGUUGGACUGCGCAUCCGAAGCCAAUUUCGUUACCGAAGAACUAGCCCAAAAGUUUUGCUCAAAGCGCAAGCUCGCAGACAUAGAUGUUUACGGCAUCAGUCAAUCGGUCAAGAAAGUGAAACACCAAACAACUAUUACAGUUGCCUCUUGCUUUGGAUCAUACAAUACUAGUAUAGACUGUCUGAUACUACCUACGUUAACUCGGAUUUUACCUACUGCCAAUGUAGAUAUAUCGAAAUGGGUUAUUCCUCGCCACCUCCCUCUCGCAGACCAUAAAUUUAAUAUCGCUCACGAUGUAGACAUAAUCAUCGGUAUAAGGAAUUUCUUCUCGAUCUUAGAAAAUGAGCAGAUCACACUGGGCGAUAGCAUGCCGGUGUUGCGCAAAACGGUGUUCGGAUAUGUUGUCGCAGGAGAAGCAUCGGUUCACCAUAGUCCUGUGGUAGUUUGCAACGUAUCAACUGUUGAAAACUUGACGUCAGCAGUUCAUAAAUUCUGGGAGGUGGAGAGUUUUGAGAAGGGAAAGGCAUUCUCCCUCGAGGAACAGCAUUGCGAGGAAGCAUUUUUGAAUACGCAUUAUAGAGCCGCUGACGGUCGGUACGUGGUACGUCUGUCGAUUCGUGAGGAGUUGUUGUGUUCUCUGGGAGCGUCAUAUUCGGUUGCGAAUCGCAGAUUCCUGACCAUCGAGAGGAAACUUAUGAAAGAUCCUACGCUCCAGGUAGAAUACUCACAUUUCAUGACCGAGUACAUUUCGUUGGGACACAUGGAACAAAUUGAACCAGAUAUGUCGAAACCACACUUUUAUCUUCCUCAUCACGCUAUACAACGUCCCGAGAGCACUACUACAAAGACGAGGGUAGUGUUCGACGCCUCGUGUCGAAGCUCCAACAAUCUAUCGUUAAACGACCUCUGCUAUAUUGGGCCCACAGUUCAACCACCGCUACUGUCUACACUUCUCAACUUUCGGUUGCCGAAGCACGCAAUAACUGCCGACGUGGAGAAGAUGUAUCGGCAGGUUCUCAUCCACGAAGAAGACCGUGCGCUGCAGCUGAUCUUGUGGAGAGAGAACCCGAAGGAUCAACUGAAAACGUAUCGUUUGAAAACAAUGACUUAUGGCACUGCUGCUGCUCCGUACCUCGCCACCCGCGUGUUGAACAAAUUGGCCGAGGAUGAAGCCGAAAAUUACCCGUUGGCUGCUGCGAAAGUGCUGAGUUCUUUCUAUGUGGACGAUUAUCUUUCGGGAGAUGACGAUGAGCAACGCCUGAUAGAAACAAAUAAUCAGCUGAUAAAUCUGCUUCGUUGUGGAGGGUUCAAUUUGCGAAAGUGGUGUAGUAAUAACCCCAACAUUCUCUCACACAUCCCCGAAUCACUUCGAGAUACUUGA